AUGGCGCCGCUCCCGUCGUGUGCAUCCCAGCGAGAUGCGGUCGUCGCGUGGCUCGAGCGCUCGGACAAUUUCCUCCGCGUGGCGCCGCUCUUUGGGGCGUCGAGACGCCACCAGGGAAACGCAGGGACUGGAUCUGACGCCGCAGCGGUCGGUAGACCUUUGGACGAGAGCCAGGCGCUCGCUGAGCUAGCAGCGUGGGUGAACCACGCGUCGCCCCGGUCCGGGUGGGACGCGACACUUGCCAAGCAGAUGCUGCGGCACUUUUUCAUGGAGUUCCGCGCCACGGCGGCCGAAGCUUCGAAGCCAGGCUUCACACUGAGUCGCACAGACGAGGUGUUUGGGAUCCAGACGAUCGAGGAGAAGCUGAACCAUAUGUGUCGGCACUUUGUGCGGCUUCAGCGGCUCUAUGACCCGAAACGGACGAGUGACGUGGCGGAGAAGGAGAGGAAAAGAGACCGAGGAGCUGGAGGAGGAGGGGAGUUGAGGCAGAAAGGAACGUCGGUGAGCUCGAUCCAGCAAAUGGACAGGAGGGGUGGGCGUGGGGAGAGUAGACGCGAGAGAGACGCGGGUGGGAGUGACGUGAGGGAGAGUCAGAUGAAGGACAUGACGCGCAGUGGUGGGAAGACGCGAGCGGUUCUCGCGAAGCAGCAAAUGAAGGAUAUGGAUGCUUGUGGACAAGGUAAAAGGGUACGAUCGCCUGAGUUGAUUGAGAUCAUUUCUGACGAGGAUGAGGAAGAUGAGAAGCAGUUGGCGGUGUCAGUUAUCGACACUACUGACAAGCGGAGGAAGCGGGUAAAUAGGUUUGGGUCCGAAGAGUUUGCGAACAAUGGUGAAGACGAGGUGCUGUCUGGGCAGAAGAAGAAACGCAAACGCGCGCAGGUAAGUGCAAGGAAACCUGCAGGAUCGGAAGCGCGUCGAAGUGUGCUUCAAUCGGAAGAUGUAGCUACACAAGCCGAGGUGUACCAAACCUCGGCAACAAAUGGAAGGAGUUUGGUCGUAGACCAGGGUCAAGUACGUUCGCGAAAUCAUGACGGGCUUGCUCUUCGAUGUCCAGCGACCACUGGUGAACUCACUGGAGCAACGAGUGUGUCAAAAUUCGUAGGAUGUGGGCAUGAAUUGACGGAGAGCAUCUCGUUGACCUCAGAACCUGGUCAGCCACUAGCCACACAGGAGGUGACGUCAUGUCCGGCAAUACCGCAGGACAUGAUGUCGACUUCACCUAUCAUCAUGGCGCAAGAUCUUGAAGCCCCUAGAAGCGUAGCAUCAAGCUCGACAUCAUAUCGAAGCACGGCACAAGUGUCAGCAGCUACCUCCGAAUGCGAUGCACAAGGUUUAAGAACAUCAGAGCUGCCAGUGCAUAAUGCAAGUGGUCGGUCUGCAUCAUCACAAUUGCAAUGUCCGCCUGCUCUUCACUCAGCAAUCGCAAAAAUUGUGUCGCAGUGCCUGGAUCUGCUCGAUUUUCGAUUCGAUCGGUGCCCAUCCAGGUUUUGCGAUCGUGAUACUUCUCCUAGAAAGGAUGAGAACGAAGGCAAGGCUGCAAAAGACAACGCAUGUGCAAAAGAUAGUGACAGUCGACAUAAUGGUCUGUCCGCUUCCGACUUGUGUAGACGUCGUGGUGUCCAGGUCCCUCCAGCUACCACUGCAACGACUGCACAGAGUUCCGUCAAGUGCAACGACUAUGACACAUCGAUGAAGUCGAAAACAACAAGUGCUGAUUAUCCGAAAUCGUCAAUGUGGAUCGAUGACCACAUCCCUCUGCUGUUCGACCUGCCACAUUGCGUCAGUGGAAAUACUGACUUGGAGCGAAAACGCUCUUACUUGACCGCAAAGAAACUUGCUUUUGAGCGGUUCAAGUGGAAGCAUGAGAAAGAAUUGCAAGAGCAGGAAAUGGAGGUGCUUCGAAGCGAGAUGGAGAUUCGUAAGGCCUGUGCUCAGGAAGAGAUCGAAUACCAGCAGAUGAGUGUUCGGGCCGACGUGAUUUACCGCAUGAUACUCGCAGGUGCCAGCAUCGAGGACACCACCGAGCGAUUAGCAUGGCUAUAA